AGCAGCAUCUGGACGCUCGUCGAUCUCCAGCUAGACUUUCCAUUCAACACGGAGAGAGAGAAGAACGCUGGAAAAGAGAGAAGGAAGUCUGGAACAAGUAUACUGUAAAUCCCACGAGAGUUUUUUUCUCCGACUUACUUACCACGAGGUCUCGUUCCAUGACUUCUGAGAACCUUCGUUCCCUCCCUCACCUGGGCCCAGGUGAACUGGCCUUGUUAGAUCUUGCGACCGAUGAUGAUCCACGCGAUACGGUACUGUUGUCGGACAAGGAGGCUUUGAUCCUGCAGCUCUAUCACCAGAUCCAGGAACAGCAACUAGAAAAGGCACUACUACAGCAAGACACGGAAUUGCUCUCGGGUGACAAUGCUGAAGAGGAACUAGCCAAAGCAGAACGGGAGCUGCUGGGGGCGAGAGCCACCUACACAGUCAGAAGGAAGGCUGUGGGAACUGUCCUUAUGACUGAUCCUGCCCUAAAAGCUGUUCAUCUGAAGGCCACCACUCCAGCUGAAAGGGCCCUUCAUCGGCUGAUCAACCGUCGCGAUGUGCUGUCCACAGUCCAUGAGAACUUGAAUGUUAUGCAUACGGCGUCUCUCCAAAAGCUUACUGGGUUGGAGGUAGAGAAUCUACAGCUCCACCAGAAGAAUCAAGAACUGGUCCGCGAGUUACUGUCCCUCACAGAGGAUGAUGACUCCUGGAGGGAGGAUCUUGAUGAUCCGGAGCUCAAAUCACAGCUAGAGCAAUCGGAGGCAGAUCACCGCAGAAGCAAAGCGAGAUGGACGGUCAUGAAAAGCAUCGCCAGCGCUAUAGUUGUGGGGAGCGAAGUGAACUGGGCUGAAGACGAAACGCUCACCGCCCUGGUUCUAGAUGAGUCUGACGAUUAAUGUACUGUAACUACGAAGAAGAGUAGAUUGGUUUUUCUAGCGGUUACUCGGGCCAGGCGUUAUGGGUGAAAGGAUUAUACCCUUGAUGGAUGGUGGAUCGGCAUUCGAACAGUGCCAGAUGACGGAUUAGUCGGGGUUCCAUGGCUCGCAUGGGACUUCUUGAUCGAUCAAAAUGAUACACGAGUAUGACUGAGCAAUUCAGUCCGCUCCGCACGAAAGCAAUCGAUUA